AUGACUGUGGGUGAGACGCUGGAGUUCGUGCAGCAAGGACUGGGAGUACAUACAAGUGCGUCGCGUUCCAUCCUCCUGCAUAUAUGUCAGCGGCUGACCCGAUUAGAGCAACAUUUGAGCGAAGUGCGUGACGAUGUUUAUCAACUACGUCACGAUUCAAACCGAGGAUCAGAAACCGUGCGCGGUGAAGUGUCCGGCGUGGUCAACACCAUGACAUCCAAGCUGAAAGAAUAUGAAAAUGCAAUGGAAAAAUUCCAGAAUAAUAUGCGUGCUCACCAAAAUCAUUUAACGGUGCUCUCUACCAAAGUCAAGAAGGAGAAAGAGCAUAUCCAAAUCGUCGACACGAAAGUCGAAGAUCAUCGCCAAGAUAUGAACAAUCGGUUUGUGGAACUGACCCAAAAAUUCCAAGAACUCCCUUUGCAACUAGCUGCGUUGCAAGCACCCCCUCCCAGUCAUAUCCCCGAGAAGUUUACAUUUGAGACGAAUGAAGAGAAACUUUCACUACAAACACACAUGCAACGACUUGAUAGUACACGGAGCUCACAAGGGUAUACGGAUCUGCAGCCGUUUACUAUCCCUGACGACAUGAAAGUGAAAGUCGAGUCUCGAAUUCGGCAACAAGAAGCUAGUAAACGGGAAGCAGAUGCCCGAGCUGCUGCCGAACUAUCGGAUGCCUAUAGACGACUGCAACUGGCAUCAGCUAGCUGCAACAAUCCGCGACUCAGUGAGCUUCACGUAACUCUGGAUCUAUGUCAGCAAGAAGUCAAGCGUGCGUUCCAGCUGAUCCGGACGUCAAACUUGCAACUUUACUCGAUCUGUGAGUCCAAAGCCGAACGAAUUGACAUGAUUACGCUUCAGAACGAGGUCAAGCAACUUCGCAGCCGUCUUCGAGAUAUCGAGACUUCGCCAGCAAACCAUCGACAUCGAUCGAAGCAGCUCCAAUUGCAUCUUGACAACGAAAUACUGAACGAUCCUUCUGAUGACUUAAUGGUGGGAGAGAAAAGUCCCUCAUUAAGCAUGAAGAAGGGAACGCAACAUCUAACAAGUUCCCAGAUCCCUGUACUACGAGUGUCACUACUGGAGCUUUCGAGGAAUUUAAAUCUUCUGAAACAUCGCUGGAAGAAACAAAAACGACUGAAUCCGAACAGCGGCUCAAGUGUAAACCCUGUGGCUCAGAAGCAUCUUGACAAAUUGGUGGCUUUGAUCAAUGACGCGUACUCUACGAUGGCACAGGAGCCAGUGGAUCUAGCUGCCGCUGAGGCUCAUGUGGAAAAAGUGGGUCGUGUGCUCGGCUCGGACUUUUCCAUGCAGAUAUUAGCGUUGUUAGGUGGGCGAAGUGACGAGUCUGAGAGCUGUCGAUUCCCCGUUGUGAUCACUACACGAGCUGCGGCCGGUGAAAUGGCUUCAGCUCUGUGUCGAUAUUCGGAAGCUUUUACCGAUAUGUUUUUCCGCCAUGAAGCCGACAACAAGGUGGCUACAGCUGCGAUGAAUGAGUGGGCGUCUGAAAAACGUAUUCUGGGGAAUGUGGGUCGUGAGGUUAGCGCACUUAGUCGUAGUCAGCAUGUGCUGGAGACGUCACUUGCUAAACUCGCUGGUGAGAUACAGAAGAGAGGGAUAUUGCAACAAUUGAGGACGCAAAUCGACGCUCUGAGUAAGCAAUUUAUCACUGAGGUUGAGCUGGUGGAAAUACUGCGAGAUUUCAGACGCGAGCAGCAAAGUGCUCCAUUAGGAGUCAGUGGGCGUCCGCCGAAUGUGGAAAAUGAUUCGUCUGCGAACAAAAUGCUAGCAGCUAUCACGCUCGAGUCACCUGAGGAUCGCCCCAGGUCGCAAACGAAGCUAGAUCCGCUUCACGGUGUAAAGAUACACGGCUCUACACGGCAUGUAGGAAGGCCAAACUCAGGAGAAAAUGGUCCUGGAACCGCCACCAGCAGAAUUCACGCACGAGCGCAGAUGCUACGACCGAAGAGUAGACAUACUUAG